AUGGACGAGGAAGAGAGGCCCAGGAAACUGGCCAAGCUGGACCACGACGAGCCUACACACGAAGAACUCGGCCCCGCUAUGACAGGUGCCGUGGCUGUUAGCGAUCAGCCGCAGCAAACCGAGGCCGUUGCUGCCGACAACUCGAAGUUGGAGUCUACAGAGCUCCCGGCCGACACUGAAGCUACUGCAAAUGACCCUGCUGUCAACAACACUAUAUCCAAGAAUGAAACCGAAGAUGCUACGCCGAAAAUGUCGAAGAACGCGCUUAAGAAACUCCGCCGGAAAGAGAAAUACGAACAAGAGCGCGAGUUACGCAAGGUACGCAGGAGGGAACAGAUGGCGGCGAAGAAAGAACGGCGCCGAAAGAUGUGUGAUGAAGCACUGGCAACGGGUGGCGAGGAAGCUGUCAUGGCAUUGCGCAAGCAAUGGGAGUCAACCAGAUCCAGACACAAGCGGUCGACACAACUUCCAUUCACCAUUGUCAUUGAUUGCGACUACGAUGAGCUGAUGCAUGCCAAAGAGCGCAUUUCGCUCGCAUCGCAGCUUACGCGCUGUUACUCGGAGAACAGCCGCGCGAUCUGGCGCUCGCACUUGAUGUUCAGCUCGUGGGGCGGGUUACUGAAGGAGCGAUUCGAUACUGUGCUCACCCCCUAUAAGAAUUGGAAGGGAAUUAAGAUCAUCCCGGAAAAUUUCGUGCAUGCUGCCGAGCUUGCAAAGCAGACUAUGGCUUCCCCACGUGGAGGCAAGCUUGCAGGGCCCUUUGCUGAGAAGACCGAUGCCAAACCCGAAGACGGAGAGGUUAUUUACCUCAGCAGCGACAGCCCGAACACGUUGACGGAACUUAGACCGUAUGAUACCUACAUUAUAGGCGGGCUGGUCGAUAAGAACAGAUACAAGGCGAUCUGCUACCAGCAUGCGCUUGAUGCCGGGGUCAAGACAGCCAAACUACCCAUCGGUGACUAUAUCCAGAUGUCGUCCCGUGCAGUGAUGACUACGAACCAUGUGGUGGAUAUUAUGUUGGCAUGGCUGGAGCUUGGCGACUGGGGUGAAGCCUUUAUGAAGAUCAUGCCGCAACGAAAGGGUGGCAAACUGAGGGAAGGGGCAACGGAGAAUCCCGAGGAUGCCGAGGAGGAUGAACCUGAGGAAGAGGACGACGAGUCAACGAUCAAGAGAAUGACCGAGCACGUGCAGGAGGAGCAAGAGAACGAGGAUGAAGACAAGGAAGAGUAG